UCAUCUCGUAAGGACGGAAGCGGAAGUAAAAGUGAGAAACUUUUGCUUUUAGUUGCACGUGCAAAAAAUAUGGAGAAACGGUGCGCGUCUGCUUACGAAAUCUACAAAACCUGUAAAAGAUUUCAGGAAGAAUGUAUUGAAGAAAACAAAUCUGCAGACUGCAGCCCAGUCCAGAAGCGCAAACGGAUUAGAAUAAAAAAAAAAGUCACUUUUCACGAAGAUGUGCAAACUUUCAUACAGCGCAGCAGAAGUCAAAGUCCUAAGGAGGAAGUUCCAGAUCAUGAAAGUUUGAACCUUGCCACAAAAAAUCAUGAGGCAAACUGGUUAACCAACAGAGAGAAGAUUUUAAAACCACAGAAAAGCAUACAGGGGAAGAGAAAUGAAAGAUCACCCUUUAAAAAGAAUUUGGCAAGUUGCCAAAGGCCUUUUGUGGGACCAUCAUUGGAGUCAAUACUUGAAGGAAUUGGAAAGAUAGCAGACAGCCGUGCGAGGGCUGAUAAACUCUUUGAGUGGUUAAUUUUGCCAGUUUCGCCAAGCAUAUUUUUCAGUGAUGUUUGGGAAAAGAAACCAGCUUUAAUCACAAGACACAAUCCUGGAUAUUACAAAGGGUUAUUUUCAACAGAAGUGUUUCAUAAGAUUUUGAAAGAGAAUGAUGUCCAGUAUGGUGUUAAUCUUGACGUGACAAGCUACAACAAUGGACAGCGACAGACUCAUAAUCCUCCUGGAAGAGCCCUGCCUUUUAGUGUAUGGAAUUACUUCAAGAAUGGCUGCUCUCUACGUUUGCUUAAUCCCCAGGCUUUUUCUGUUACCGUAUGGAAUGUCCUUUCCAUUUUACAGGAGCUUUUUGGAAGCAUGGCUGGUGCCAAUGUAUACCUUACUCCUGCUGGGACACAAGGCUUUGCUCCACAUUAUGAUGAUAUUGAAGCUUUUAUCAUUCAGUUAGAAGGCAAAAAACACUGGCGAGUCUACCAGCCAAGGAUGGCGGAUGAAUUCCUGCCUCAAUUUUCAAGUCCUAACUUCAGCCAAGCGGAAAUAGGACAGCCAAUUUUGGAAGUCGUUGUUGAAGCUGGAGAUUUACUCUAUUUCCCUCGUGGAUUUAUACAUCAAGGAGACUGCUUGCCGGAUGCACACUCACUGCAUAUUACCAUUUCAUCAUAUCAGAAAAACAGUUGGGGAAGUCUGCUUGAAAAGCUUCUUCCAGCUGCCCUGCAAAUAGCUGUGGAAGAGGAUGUGGAAUUCAGAGAAGGGUUACCAUUAGACUAUUUCAGUUAUAUGGGAGUGCAGAAUUCAGAAAAGGCUGACCCAAGGAGACAAAUGUUUAUUGACAAAGUUCAACGACUAAUCAGGAAGCUAUCAAAUUUUUGUCCUCUGGAUGCUGCUGUAGAUCAAAAAGCCAAAGACUAUCUUCAUGAUUGUCUUCCUCCGGUGCUUACUGAAGAGGAGAAAGCCACUAGUGUUUUUGGUGCCUCUACAAGGUGGGAAAAUGGGCAUGUGAAAGAUUUGGCUUUGCGUUUUAAAGGAAAAACUAAAAUUAGACUACUGCGACGAGGUAUAGCCAGACUCUUCAGUGAAGGAGAAAAUAUUGCCCUGUAUUAUUCAUUGGACAAUUCCAGAGUCUACCACAAAGAGGAGCCAAAGUCAUUUGAAGUGAAUUCUGAGCAUUGUGACAGCAUUGAAUUUUUGAUAAAUUCUUACCCCAGCUUUGUUACUGUGGAUAGUCUUCCAUGUGAAAAACUUGUUGAGAAGAUUUCAAUUGCUAAGCUGUUAUUUGCAAAAGGCCUGCUUGUAACAGAGGAACCUUGUGUAUGUGAGUGAACACAGAUUGGAAAAGUUCAUCAAGCGACUGUCAGCUGUUUUUCACAUGCACGAUUUCUCUGAUUUCUCAUAAGUUUGCAUUCUUCACAAUACAGUGGUCUCAUAAUACUGUUUAUUUAAUUGAGUUUAAAAAAAGGUCAUUGUAACAUUUA